CCUGUUAUAUCAGUAUAAUAUACUGUCCUUUAUUAGAGGCAAUACUAUACUAUUGAAUAGAUUUAUGGACAGAAUUCUCGUUCAGAUUAAUAAAUACGUGAAAGACAUAAAAACGAGUGAUUAUUUGGAUAACUAUUUAACGGCACUGUUUUAUAAGGGAGUCAUUCAUAGGCUUUCCUCGCAAUAUAUGGAAGCCAAGGAAUGCCUAAAAACUGUGUUUGAAGAUGAGUCGAGAAUAUUUCACGAGUUUUCGAUACCACCGCAAGCGGUACUGGAGUUAGGAUUAGUGGAACUGGAGCUCAAUAAUGGUGUGGAGGCGGAGAAGUGGCUGAAGAAGUGUACUCAGGAUUACAGCAAUUAUACGAAUGAAAACUUUGUUCAUUUGAGAGCUUAUGCCGCUCUCAGAGAACUCGGGGUUUCCACUGAUAAGCAAACUGUUGACAAGAAUAUGUGUAUGUAUUCAGAGUAUGGC